AUUUCAUACACUGGCUCUCACCAUGUCAAACAGAACGCAUGAUUAUUUCGAUCGUAACUUCCGAAUGGAACAUAACUGGAUUUCUAGAAGAAGGUGAAGUAGAACCACUUGAACUAAAAAUAGAUCGUUACCUAAAAAGACUCCAAGAUAUUGUUAAACGCGAAACAGGUCUCGAAGAGCGCAAAUUCUUCUUGAUAGAUAUAGAGAAGCAAGUUGUUAGCCGAGCCAUAAAGCCAGUGUUGAGGUUGCUAGGUCGUCUGAUGUUCAAGGUUGCUAGCCGACUCUACACUGACCCCGUUGGAGCAUGGGCGACUUGCUAG